AGCUCGACGUUUUAAGCCACGGAUACACUAGGGGACAAAUGGAGCAACAUGUUGCGGAACAUGUUGCUCAACAACUACGUGGAAUGUGCCGAGAUACAUGUCGCGGAACAUUUUGUCGACCACACUUCUCAGUGUUUAUAGAAAUGUCGCCCGAGGAGGUCGUGGCUAUUAGUGCUGCGUACAUAGUAAUUAUAUCGAGUGUGUUGAAACGUAAGAGAAAGAGAAGGUGGUGGAUGCGGAAUUUCUUAUUACAACGAGAAAGAAGAGUAAAUAUUCUAAGUGAUCUCCGAAUGUCUGACGGAUCGUUUGUGAAUUUUACUCGCAUGUCAUCAUCUGAUUUUGAAACUUUGUUGCAAAUGAUCGCAUCUUCCAUAGCCAAACAGGAUACAAUUUUACGAAACGCUAUUAGUCCUCAUAUCAGACUUGCCAUUACAUUGAGGUACUUGUCGACUGGAGAUUCUUAUGCUUCUUUGUCGUACACUUUUCGAGUGUCAAAACAACUGAUACGUAAAAUAGUACCAGAAGUUUGUAAAGAACUGAUAAAUAAAUUGAAGAUAUGUGUAAAGGUCCCAGCUACUGCAAAUGAAUGGAAAGCCAAGGCUAGAAGCUUUGAAAAUAUAUGGAAUUUUCCGCAUUGCGUUGGAUCUAUAGACGGUAAACACGUUUUGAUCCAAGCUCCUUCGAAUUCUGGAAGUGACUAUUUUAACUAUAAAGAACAAUUUAGUAUUGUCCUAUUGGGUAUUGUCGAUGCAAAUUACAAUUUUAUCUAUGCAAAUUGUGGUGCUAAAGGAAAAUCUUCUGACAGUGGAGUAUUCCAAGAGACUGCUUUUUAUAAAGCUUUGGCUGAUAACCAACUCAACUGGCCGACUCCAGACCCAAUACGACAAGAUGGGCCGAAUAUGCCUUACGUACUUGUAGGAGACAGCGCCUUUGCACUGACAGAAAACAUGAUGAAGCCAUAUCCCGGUAAUCAUGACGUGGGUACAACAAGACGCAUUUUCAACUAUCGACUGUCAAGAGCUAGAAGAAUUGUCGAAAAUGUGUUCGGUAUCUUAGGUGUUGUAUUUCGUAUAUUCCGAACUCCCAUAACCAUCCUACCCUGUAAUGCUGAACUUGUUGUAAUGGCGUGCAUAUACCUCCAUAAUUUUUUAAGGCGAAAUAGUCAAUCGAGAUCACUGUACAACCCACAUGGAACUUUUGAUUCUGAAAAUGUGGAUCACGAUAUUUUAGAAGGAUCUUGGCGCAGAGAAGCUGGCUCUGUUAAUAUGUCGAAUUUAAAUGCUAUGGGACGACGCUACCCUGAAUCUGCUAUGGAAAUAAGAAACAAAUUUGCUGAAUAUUUCAUGAGUGAAGAAGGACGUGUUCCCUGGCAGAAUAAUUUUUAAAUGAAUAAACUAGUAUUGUACUAUA